AUGGUCCCUGUACAGUCUUUCACAGGUGGGCUGCUGGGCACAGGUGGGGCUGCUGGUCACAGGUGGGGCUGCUGGUCACAGGUGGGGCUGCUGGUCACAGGUGGGGCUGCUGGUCACAGGUGGGGCUGCUGGUCACAGGUGGGGCUGCUGGUCACAGGUGGGGCUGCUGGUCACAGGUGGGGCUGCUGGUCACAGGUGGGGUUGCUGGUGCUGGUGCUGGCGGCUGGCGCUGGUGCUGGUUCCUGGUGCUGGCAGCUGGCACUGGGGCUGGUUCCUGAUGCUGGCGGCUGGCGCUGGGGCUGGUUCCUGGUGCUGGCGGCUGGCGCUGGUGCUGGUUCCUGGUGCUGGCGGCUGGCACUGGGGCUGGUUCCUGGUGCUGGCGGCCGGCGCUGGGGCUGGUUCCUGGUGCUGGCGACUGGCGCUGGGGCUGGUUCCUGGUGCUGGCGGCUGGCGCUGGGGCUGGUUCCUGGUGCUGGCGGCUGGCGCUGGGGCUGGUUCCUGGUGCUGGCGGCUGGCGCUGCGACCGCCGGUGCGACGGGCGAGGUGCAAGGUGGCGCUGGCUGCAGUCGAUGGCGCAAACGCGAUCGCGGGCCGCUGGCGACUUCGCUGGCGACUUCGCUGGCGGGUCGCUGGCGGCGGGUCCGCUGGCGUUCGCCAUAG